CUUUUACUUCCGCACAGAAUGGGACCGGCCAAUAAGCGUUGACGUGAGAUCUUCGUCACGGCCAAUCAGCGGACAAGCUGCUCUCCUCGAAAACAUGUCUCCAAUGAAGCUGUGUGUUCCUGGUGACAAGCUGUGCAGUGUGGAGAGCUGCAUCCCCGGCACAGGAGUUUAUCAGCGGCACGGCUACAUUUACUCCUCACUAGCAGGCUACGUGCUGAAGAAGAAUGAGGGGGAGGAGUUACCAGUGAUCUCUGUGGUGCGGGAAACAGAAACACAACUACUACCCGAUGUAGGAGCAAUAGUCACCUGUAAGGUGACAAGUAUCAACCCCAGGUUCGCCAAGGUUCAGAUCCUUUAUGUGGGAUCCACGCCGCUGAAGGACCGCUUCAGAGGAACAAUUAGGAAAGAAGAUGUGCGUGCGACAGAGAAGGACAAGGUGGAAACGUACAAAAGCUUCAGACUUGGGGACAUCGUCUUGGCGAAAGUUAUUUCUCUUGGUGAUGUUCAGUCAAACUACUUGUUGACAACAGCAGAGAAUGAACUUGGGGUGGUGGUGGCACACAGUGAAGCAGGUGGCCAGAUGGUUCCCAUCAGCUGGUGUGAGAUGCAGUGUCCACGGACGCACAGCAAGGAGUUCCGCAAAGUGGCGCGAGUGCAGCCGGAGUACCUGCACGCAUGAGGCCGCUUCUUGAAGCGUCUAAGGACCACGACGUAGAGAAGCUAAGCCCAGUGAAGAGAGCUCUUGUUCACAGGUGAAGGAGUCACUGUCAUCAGCUCACUCGAAGGAAGCAGGUGUUGCGGACGUAUUAGAUGUGGAUUUUGCACCAUGACAAUGUCUGAAAUAAGUGACUCACCAAAAAAUGAUCUAUGGAAAUUCUUUUGCAUGGUGUCAUGUAACACUUUCUCUGUCCAUGUGAUCAAAAAGGUUUUGUUCAUAAUGGUGUUUAGGAGUGAAUGAGAUGUCAAAUAUUUUAUGUUUCCCAGUACAUUGUCAAACCUGAGUAUAAGCCUACAGCUAAUACCAUUCAUGUGCAUGAUCAAAAUAAAAUGCCUGUCAAAGCA